AUGAUUCAGGCUGAGAUAACUACCAUACAACCGCCAAAUGCUUCUCAUGGCGCAAAUCAAUUUCUUUGGCGUAAAUCAGAUGGGACUUUUGGACCGGUUUUCUCUUCUAAGGUCACGUGGGAGUACCUCCGUGUACCCUCUCCUACUGUCUAUUGGCAUAUGGUGGUUUGGUUCAAAGAGUAUAUCCCUAGGAACUCAUUUAUGGCUUGGUUAGCUCUAUUAAGGAAGAUGCCAACAAGAGAUAGGCUACGUCGUUGGGGUAUGGACGUACCUUCAGUCUGUGAACUCUGUUCUACCAGCAGUGAAACACAUCACCAUCUCUUCUUUGAGUGUGAAUACUCUUCUACUCUAUGGCAAGCUUUUGCGUCUCAAAUCUGGACCAACCCGCCUAAUGAUUUGCAUUCAGCAGCAUCAUGGAUUCUCCAACUGUCUCGGCAGUCUAAUGCCAAUGCCAUCCGCUUAAUCAAGCUCAUAUUUCAGGCCUCUAUCUACCUGUUAUGGAAAGAGAGGAAUGCUCGUAUCUUCACAACGGUCUCUACUCCACCACGCAUCAUCCAUCACGCCCUGGACCGGCUUCUUCGGGAUCGCCUUAUCUCUAUCAAGGCUACUCCUCCACCUGCUCAAUCACCCCUCUAA